CCCACACUGAUGCAUCAGCAUGAAAUAGACAGUUGGCAUUGCCUCGAGUCUCACACCGUUGUUAUCGCCUUGUGUCUUGCGAUGAUGAUGAUGAUGAUGAUAAUGAUGAUGAUGAUGACGAAGAUGGAUGCUGGAGUGAUAACGAAAAAAAACAAUAAAUGGAAAGCAACCGGAUCGCUGCAUUAUGAUGAUGAUGAUGAUGAUGAUGAUGAUGAUGAUGAUGAUGAAGAUGACGAUGAUGAUGAUGAAGAUGACGAUGAUGAUGAUGAUGAUGAUGAUGAAGAUGACGAUGANGAUGAAGAUGACGAUGAUGAUGAUGAUGAUGAUGAUGAAGAUGACGAUGACGAUGAUGAUGAUGAUGAUGAUGAUGAAGAUGACGAUGAUGAUGAUGAAGAUGAUGAUGAUGAUGAUGAUGAUGAUGAUGAUGGAGUGGAGGAGAAAAAACAAUAUAUGGCAAGCAACCGUAUUGCGGAUGGCCUUGUUCGUCAUCAACAUGUUGAUAUUCCUAUGGGUGCAAACGCUGGUCCUGAGAUUGCUGACCUUACACUCUAUUGGGAUGAGGCGCAGUACGUGGACAACCUGCAGCGUGUGGAUCCCGCUGCAGCUUGCCGAUAUGCUUUCACUUAUCGGUUCAUUAUUGAUGUCCUUACCUUUAAUUGUCUGCCACCAUCGCCAGCCUGUUAUAGUCUUGAAUGGAAGGAGACCGCUGCGGCAGAUGGCUCGUGCACCUUCUUAGGUGCGAAACUGCAGACACGAGCAGACGGAUCUCUCCGAUUCAGUGUGUUUGAUAAGGCUGUUGCAUGGGAUUCUCCUGUUAUAGGAUAUCCUAGUGCAACGUCAAACAUUCCAUCUCAUCAGCCUGCAGGUGUGUUCACCGGCCAGCUUACGCGGUUUGAGCAGAUAGAUUUGUGACAAUUGGCAUAUGAUUUGAUUUCAGAACUGUGCGGCAACCAUGGU